AUGGCCGUCGGUCGGUCGGGCAACUAUGGCCUCAAUGCGCGUCGACCUGCGGUUCAAGGCAUCUCGAAGCUCUUGUUCCUUGCUCUGGCUCAGAUCACACACGUCGCUGCCGCGCCUUUGAAGGACUACAUUGGACGUUCGAAGAAGGCUCAUGUGAGGAAUCACCCAGAUGAGGAAGAUCCGAGCUUGUGGCUGUAUCUGGCAGUUGCGGCGGUUCUGGUUCUGCUAGGUGGUGCGUUUGCUGGGUUGACUAUUGCGUUGAUGGGUCAAGAUGGUGUUUACCUCCAAGUCAUAGCUACCUCUGGUGAAGGCAAAGAGCAAAGACACGCGCAAAAGGUUUACACUUUACUGAAGAAGGGGAAACAUUGGGUUCUGGUCACACUCCUACUGAGCAAUGUCAUCGUCAACGAAACCCUCCCCAUCGUCCUCGAUCGGUCUCUGGGUGGAGGAUGGCCUGCUGUACUCGGCAGCACAGUCUUGAUUGUUAUCUUUGGAGAAGUCAUUCCCCAAUCCGUCUGCGUUCGAUAUGGCCUGUCAAUUGGCGCGUACAUGGCGCCUUUCGUUCUCGGUCUCAUGUGGAUUCUUGCACCUGUUGCUUGGCCCACAGCAAAAUUGCUCGACAAGCUCCUUGGAGAGGACCACGGGACGGUAUAUAAGAAAUCGGGGUUGAAGACGCUGGUGACGCUGCACAAGACUCUGGGCUCCAGUCCUACCGAUCGACUCAACCAGGAUGAGGUUACAAUCAUCAGCGCUGUUCUGGACCUCAAGGACAAGGCUGUGGGGGAUAUUAUGACACCGAUGGACGAUGUUUUCACGAUGUCUGCGGAUACCGUUCUGGAUGAACCGACAAUGAAUAUUAUUCUUAGUGCUGGGUAUUCACGAAUUCCGAUUUACGAGCCAGGAAACGAGCGUAACUUCGUUGGUAUGCUCUUGGUCAAGAUUCUUAUUACAUACGAUCCCGAGGACUGCAAGAAGGUCAGCGAGUUCGCCCUAGCUACUCUGCCUGAAACGCGACCGGAAACCAGCUGCCUCGAUAUUGUCAAUUUCUUCCAAGAGGGGAAAUCCCAUAUGGUUUUAGUAUCAGAAUAUCCUGGAGAUAAUUAUGGAGCCAUUGGAGUGGUGACAUUGGAAGAUGUCAUUGAGGAACUGAUUGGCGAGGAAAUCAUUGAUGAGUCCGACGUCUAUAUCGAUGUGCACAAAGCCAUUCGACGAAUGGCUCCAGCUCCCAAGGCUCGCGUCCAAAAAGGUCAUAUCGUCGAGAAUCCGGACACUGCAGUGCUCAAUCCACUAGAAGAACAUCUAAUCGAUCUUUCCGAAGGAGGUGCUCCACUAGCAAGACGUGCUACUGCGAAUGGAGACCGAAAUCCGAGCCCCGCUACAUUUGGCACGAGCCCCAAGACCACCACCUUCAUGCGCCGAAGCUCUGGUGGAGCAGAUGGUAUGCCUAUUGCGGUUCGAGGCACCGUUAAUGAUAUGCGAGAACACCUGAAGCACCUUGGCCCAUCCAAUCUUGCUAGUCGCCCGAAGACCACGCGCUACAGCACUGUCAAGAUCAAAUCCGGCCAUCCGGUUCGGUCAGAUUCCAGGACAGAAUCAACUGUCCUCCACGAUCCAAUUAUCGAGGAGCCGUAUCAUGAUGAUCCUGCACCACGGGGUGGAGAAGGUGAAGGACUUCUCAAAUCUGCUGGCAAAGAUGCCAGUGAUGGCGUCCAAGCACUCCAGCAGGGCUACGGUUCAUUCUCCCAAAAGAGUCAGGACAGUCGAAGCAGAUUUUCUAAAAACGAGAUAUACGUUGAUGGGGAGGCCAGAGGAUCCACCUUGUCAGUCAACAAGACGCGGAAAUCGCAGUCUCCGGAGAAGCGCCCAAUCUCUAGACAUGACAGUAAUGACAGCGGGCGAAGCAGCGAUACCCUCGGGUCCUUGAAUGGAUCCAGCUCUCGCAAGAAACGAGGUAAUGCACGCAGCGGAAGUAUUACAGAGAAUGUAGUAGAGGCAGGUGGCAUUCGAAAAGUGGUAUUAGAAACCAACAGCAGUUCAGACGACAGAGACGAGAACGGAAACGAGCAUCUAUCAAUGAAGGCAACCUCGGCAACGUCGAAGGGUUUAGAUGGUCAGGCAGAUUCUCCCGAUGAUCAUUCGGAACAACCGGCAUCGUCGAAGGGAGAGGAGGUCAAGAAGAAGCGUCGACGCAACAGGAAGAAGAAGAGUGCGAAGGCUGGUGGCGAGGAGGGAUCUGGAGCAGCAGCUCAAUUCAAUGAUUGA